AUGGUUCACGACGAGCCUGAGUUGGUAUUGCACAAUGCAUUGGCCAACAGUCCAUCACCAUAUCUUCGAGCGCACAAGGACAACCCUGUUGCAUGGCAGGAAUGGUCCGAAGACACCAUUUUUCUGGCCAAGAGUUACCAGCGACUAAUCUUUCUGAGUAUUGGUUAUAAUGCAUGCCAUUGGUGUCAUGUUAUGGAACGCGAAUCGUUCAGUUCACCCGAGGUUGCUUCAUUCCUCAACAAACAUUUUAUUCCGAUCAAGGUAGAUCGAGAAUGCCGGCCGGACCUUGACGACAUCUAUAUGAAUUAUGUUACAGCAACGACAGGGUCAGGCGGGUGGCCGCUCAACGUCUUUCUCACGCCUGAUUUGAGGCCGGUGUUUGGCGGGACAUACUGGCCGGGCCCAUCGUCGACGACCAACCUGCAUAGAAAGGCAUCGCACGACGAGGCGGCUCCAUCCUUUCUCGACAUUCUCCGCAAGAUGCAGGAAGUCUGGUCGACGCAACGAGAACGAUGCCGUCGAUCGUCAACCGAUAUUACCACGCAACUGCGUGCCUUUGCAGCCGAAGGUAUUCAUUCUCAGUCUAAUGGGUCCGUGCGAGAUGGCGGAUCAAGUGGUUCAGAAGAGCCGGAACCGCUGGAACUCGACCUUCUGGACGACGCAUUGAACCAUUUCAUCGCUCGCUACGACUCGACCAACGGCGGCUUCAGCGCGAGCACCAAUGGGCAAAAGUUCCCGACUCCGUCUAACCUUGCAUUUCUCCUGCGAAUCGGGGCGGCGAUUGCGCAACCCUCGACGCACACUCGCUUUGGAUUUUUCAGUCCUGUGUUGGGUAUCCUCGGAGAGGACUCGUGUCUCAAAGCCGCGUCGAUGGCGCUCCAUACUUUGAAAGCCAUGUCGCGGUCCGGGCUGAGGGACCAAUUGGGCUAUGGAUUCCACCGGUACAGCGUGACGCCCGAUUGGAAUUUGCCGCACUUUGAGAAGAUGAUGUGCGACAAUGCCCAGCUUCUCGGGUGCUAUUGUGACGCGUGGGCGCUCGGACGCGACCCAGAGAUCCUAGGCACCAUCUACAAUCUGGUUGAGUACUUCACCAACCCGGAGUCGCCCAUCGUCCGCCCCGGCGGCGGCUGGUAUGCCAGCGAAGACGCUGAUUCUCGCCCGAGCCGGACGGGCAAUGGGGGAGGAACGGAGACGGCGCAUAACGAGAAAAAGGAAGGGGCAUUUUAUGUCUGGACGUACAAGGAGCUCGAGUCCCUCCUUGGUGAACAAGACGCGCCCAUCAUCGCCCGUCACUUCGGUGUCAAGCCCCACGGCAAUGUGCCGGCGCAGCACGACAUCCACGACGAGUUCUUGAGCCAAAACGUUCUCCAUGUCGAUGCCACGCCGUCCACGUUGGCCAAAGAAUUUGGCAUUGCCGAGGACGAGGUUGUGCGCAUCAUCAAGCGUGGGCGGACGAAACUGCUGGAGCACCGCAAGGCCGAGCGAGAGCCGCCGCAAGUCGACACGAAUGUGAUUGCUUCGUGGAACGGGCUUGCCAUCGCCUCCCUCACACGAGCUGCCAACACACUCGCUACAGUGGACAAGCACCGCGCGGCACGGUGUCAGGAAGCCGCGGAGCGUGCCGCGACAUUUGUCCAUUGUGCAAUGUAUGAUCCCACAACAGGCAGGUUGGCACGGAUCGCCAAUGCCACCGAUAAAUCAAGGCCCAGGUCCAGGUCUAAAUCUGCAUCACACGCCAGCAAUAAUGAUAACGACAACAGCAACGGCGGCGGCGGCGGCAGCAAUAUCGUCUUCGUCGACGACUACGCUUACAUGACCCAAGCGGCGCUGAUGCUCUACGACCUGACUCUGUCCCAACCGUAUCUCGACUGGGCGGUCCAACUGCAAGAAUACUUGGAUACUCACUUUGCGGAUGUCACUGAAGGAAGUAGUACCAGCGGUGCUGGUACUGACAAGGGUGCUUCCGCGAAUGGUGCUAGUAUCUCCACCAACGGCGCAACCAGCAGCAACAAGAUAGGCUCAUCGACAACCCAAAUCUCAGGUUACUACCAAACCGAACCGUCCGACGACCAAAUCAUCCGUCUGAAACCGGGCACCGACACCUCUCUCCCGUCCCCGAACGGCAUCAUCGCCACGAAUCUGUUAUCCCUGUCCUCGUACGUUCUAUCCCGGCAGCAGGAAUAUAUAUCGAAAUCGCGCUCCACGUUGGCCGCGUUCGCCAUUGAAAUCAUCCAACACCCUUUUCUGUAUGUUAGUUUACUGUCCGCGUUGGUCAUGGAGCAGGUUGGCGUCAAGACGCUGAUUGCGCCCAUGGCCAUGCGCGACAGUCAGUUGAGAAGACUCAAGGGCUGGGGAAGGACUGUGGUCAGGGGGUUUGUCUCUGAUGUCAUGAUCUGUACGAAGAAAGGGGCGUGUCGGCCGCUCAGGCAGAGUGAUUUGGAGGAUGUCGAUGAUGAAGAAGAGGAGGAAAAUGCUGAUGAGACGAAAGAGAAUCAGGCUGAUGUCAAAGAAAGCGGAAUCCAAGGGUGA